AAUAGUGAAGCGGAACUAAAGCCACAAUUGAAACAACAAAAAUGCGGGAAUGGCAGACUGGCUUUCGACGUUUCUCUCCCUUAUACCAUUCAGACGAUUGCAGAGGCGAUUUUAUCGCGUAGAACGACGAUGAAGAACCAUGAUCCAACAUCAGAUCCUUCAAUUCGGUCAACAAUUCAUUCAGCUUCUUCGUCGAUACUUGAUAUCAAAAAUGACUCCAAUGUCUCUGAGACAACAUCAAUUCACGACAUUCCUAACGGUCAUUCAGCACCUGUUCCAUCAACGAAGCUGCUGUUCUCAUUCCUCACUCCGCGAAGGAAGCUGGUUCUUCUAACACCGGCCAUUUUGUCUUCUGUCGCUACCGGCGCCAUCGCUCCCCUUAUGACUUAUGCCGUUGGGCAGUCAUUCAACGCCUUUGCCGCUUUCCCAUUGACACCCAACCCACCGCAAUCCGCCAAGGAUGCGCUACUUCAUGGUGUGGGCAUUGCAGCAAUUGAACUCAUAGCACUCAGUAUUAGCGCGCUCGUCAUGAGUAGCAUCACGAGUAGUUUGUGGAUUUCUACUGGGGAGCACAAUGUCGUGGAGCUUAGACGGCUCGUGUAUCAGUCUGUUGUCAACAAGGAGAUGUCAUGGUUCGAUCUCCGGAUGGGGGUCGACGGGUCUGCACCUGCGGGCCAAGUGCAAGACACGUCCGAAGAUUCCCCCAUAGGCGCUGGCGGCCUCAUGGCCAAGUUUGCUAGAGAAACCGACGACGUACGCGCAGCCUCGUCACUGGCAGCAGGUCAGCUGCUUCAAUAUCUAACCACCACCAUAACGAGCCUUGUGCUCGCAUUCGUUUGGUCACCGCUCCUCACCCUUGUCAUUCUCUCAGCCGCCCCCGCAUUAAUCAUCAUUCAGGCAUUCUCUCAAGUUCUGGCGGGUCCUCUCCUUACUCGUGAGCGCACCUUUACUGCAAGUGCCGCUACCGUCGUCGAGCGUGCCGUGUCUGCAAUCGCCACCAUCAAAGCGUUCAACGCAGCUACACACGAGACUCGGGUACUUUCCCGUGUGCUCGGACGCGUAAGCGCAGCUGCGAAUGGACUUGCAGGAAUCUGGGGCCUCACAUGUGGCUUGAGCCAGUUUGUCACAAUGGCAAUGUUUGUACAAGGAUUCUGGUUCGGAGCUCACCUUGUUCGCGAAGGCAAGAACACACCUGGUCAAGUCAUGAGCGUUUUCUGGGCAUGCCUUAUUGCAACGAGCAACCUCCAAAUGGCCGUACCCCUUCUUAUCACCUUCAUGAAAGGCAAGGUCGCGGCUGCAGAACUCGCAGGUAUGAUCUCCGAAGCACAUCAACCAUCUCCAACGCGACGUUUACAAGAACUCCGGAAAAUACAACCAAAGUCGUUUUACGGUGAACUGAGCCUGACUGGCGUGUGCUUCGCAUAUCCCGCACGACCGGACGUAAAGGUACUCCGCGAUGUAACCAUGUACCUCCCCGCACACGAGACAACAUUUAUUGUUGGAUCAAGCGGUUCCGGAAAGUCCACCCUUGGUGCAAUCUUGAUGGGCGUUUACAAUCCGGACUCUGGCUAUGUUUGUCUGGACGAGCAGGAUGUGCGAUAUAUUGACGCCGCGUACGUGUCGGGCUGCAUAGCCGGCGUAGCGCAGGGCGCAUCGUCUGCACCUGUCUUCCCAGGAAGCCUUCACGAGAACGUGGCUCUUGGCGCAGUGGGAAAAGGCAAGCGAUCGGAGGACGUUAGUAGAGCAGAAGUAGAAGAAGCGUGUAGAGUUGCGAUGCUUGAGUCUUGGGUGGUUGGUUUAGACCAAGGCUACGAUACCCUAUUGAGCGGUACUGGUGCGGAAGGCAUUCAGUUGAGUGGUGGACAGCGUCAGAGGCUCGCAAUUGCGCGUGCGCGAAUUCGUGACCCUGAGAUAUUGAUUCUCGAUGAAGCAACAUCUGCAUUAGACCCCCCGACUCGCGCACUCAUUUUGGCUGCUAUUCGGAGAUGGCGACAGGACCGCACGACAAUCAUCAUUACGCAUGAUGUUGCUGCAAUCGAAGAGACUGACUUUGUCUACGUCAUGCGGGAGGGUUCCGUGGUCGAGCAAGGCUUUCGAUCAGACCUCGAGCACGCAGAUGAUGAAUUUGCUCGCAUGCUUCGUACAGGCGGUCUUGCAGUUGAAGACGACCUUCCUGGGUACGAUGCAGUCGCAGCGAUCCUCGCAGGGGAGGAGGAAGAAGAAGAAGAGGAAGAGCUCCCAAUUCACGAACGACACAUGAGCAUAGCCCCGACAUUGGGCGGCAUGCGCCCCGUCACGGCAACGCUUGGCAACUGGAUGUUCGAUGUUGUUGCGGAGCUUACGAAAUCGAGUACAACACCACCACCUCUUCCUACAGCAGCAGAGAAAGACAAGGACUGGCGGAUGAGUCGAUUUAUCCCCCCUAGUGCGUUACCCAUAGAAGAAAUAACGGAGUUCAAGGGUGGUGCAGCAGGGAGAGAACGGAGACCGAGCAGUAUGUCGAUCUUCAUUCCCGAAGUCACGGUUCCCCCUCGCACAUACGGCGGCCACCGUUUUAGCUUGCAGUUCACCCCUACCUCUCCGACAUUUUCACGCCCGAUCUUCUCUUUCCCGGAGCCGGUAUGCAUGGUCGAAGAUGACGAGGAAUUCGAGACUGAGAAGGAGACAUUGAAGCGCACCGCCGAGGAAGCUGCGAACAGGAGAGAGCGCAGAGAGCGCAAGCAUCAUGGCGUCCUACAGAGUAUCGUCGUGCCUUCGUCUGGAAAUGAAGACACCCAAAACCAAUCUAACCUUUCACCAGCCCCCGGCCUUUUCGCCCUUCUACGCUCUGUGUACCCCACCAUUCCCACCAAGCCAAUCGUUUUUGUCGGGCUCACCAUCUGCUUGCUAAGCGGGGCGAUGACGCCCAUAUUUUCAUUCCUCCUUUCCAAACUCAUUGUUCUGGUCUCGGCUGGUGGUUCAGAUGCCAGCUUGAUCAACUCCUACGGCGGUCUCGUCCUCGGAAUUGCAGCCCUUGAUGGGCUUCUUCUUGGUUCCAAAUUCUUCUUUAUGGAAACCUCCGCUAUGCGUUGGGUCACUCACCUCCGCGACAUCGCUUUCUCGCAUGUUCUCAGUCAGGACAAGAGCUGGUUUGACCGUCCCGAGAAUGGUGCAGCUAAGCUCACUCAAGUCAUCGUGAAGGAUGGCGAUGACGCUCGUACAUUGAUUGCUGUCGUGGUAGGCCAGAUUGUUGCUGUUGGCGCGAUGAUGAUAGUUGGCCUCCUCUGGGCGAUGGCUUGGGGGUGGCAAUUGACAUUCGUUGGGCUCGCUAUUGGGCCUGUGUUUGUUGGAGUCAUGGGUCUUCAGACUAACCUUGUGGCAAAAUGCGAGGUACGCAAUAAGCGGGCUCGUGAGGAGGUUGCCAGGGUGUACUACGAAUCUGUUCUCAACGUCCGUGGCAUCCGUGCUAUGUCUCUUGAGCCUGUUCUUCAGGCUCAGUUCGACAAGGCUGCCUCACAGUGCCUUUCCACUGGGGUCCGCGGCGCUUUCGUCGAGGGGUGCUCUUAUGGUGUCGCCAGCGCUCUCAUCUACUUAGCAGAGGCCCUUCUUUUCUACGUUGGCGCUGUGCUGAUCGCCAGAGGCACGUACACGUACCUCCAGAUGUGUCAAGUCCUCAACCUCGUCGUCUUCACCGUCUCCAUCGGCUCCCAACUCAUGUCCUUUACUCAAAAGAUUGCCAAGUCCGUUCUGGCCACGCACGAUUUGCACGAGCUCAUCAAGCUAGACACGACGAGCUCCGAGUCUCAGGGUAUCCUCCGUCCGAGGAUCGAGGGCGAUCUUAUCUUCAACAAUGUAUCAUUCUCUUACCCCACCAACCCUGAUGUCUCUGUCUUGAAUAAGAUGUCGAUGCGCAUUGCAGAUGGAGAGUGUGUAGCGAUUGUAGGUGCUUCUGGAUGUGGCAAGUCAACCAUUGCGUCGCUCCUCCAACGCCUCUACGAGCCUACUUCGGGCACCAUUUCGGUGGGCCUCAAUGAACUUCGUGCAACGGAUAUCAACUAUCUUCGCGACCAUGUUGCCGUCGUCAGCCAAACCCCCAACCUCUUCGACGCCAGCAUUCGAGAAAACAUUGCCUACGGACGAGUCGGCGAGGACAAUGGAAUGAGCGACGCAGACGUCGAGCGCGCUGCUCGUGCAGCGAACGUCCACGAAUUUGUAAUGUCAUUACCACAGGGUUAUGACACACUCAUCGGCGAGAACGCGUCUCUCAUCUCAGGUGGACAAGCGCAACGUUUGCAAGUCGCACGCGCACUCGCACGACCUGCCAAGAUUUUAAUUUUGGACGAGUGUACUUCAGCGCUCGAUCCUGCCAACCAGACGGCUGUCCUGGAGACAAUACGAGCUGCGAAGGUUGGGCGGACUACUAUCAUGGUGACACACAAGGUUCCCGUGAUGAAGAUGUGCGACCGUAUUCUUGUCGUCGAGGAUGGCCAGGUGCGCGAGCAAGGCACGUAUGAGAGUCUCGUGGAGGGCAAAGGCCUCUUCGCCAGACUUGCGAAUGGUGGGGAAUGGGUUAGCGAGUAAAGGCUCGCUAGCUGCUGUAUUUGUUUCUUUUUACCAUUGCAUUCUCUUGUGUUCUAACGGCUAUGAUAACUUACUGCCGUGAUAGCUAUAUCUUCGACCUUCACUGUAUUUUUUUGUUUGUUCUCUCUUUAUCUGCUUUAUUGACUGGGCACAAAUGACAUUUCACGACUACGCAUUUGUAGUACUACCACAAUCAUUUAUUUACUCAUCUGUACUGUAGUUAUUAUCAAAGGAUUUACAUGUUGUACAGUACAUUGGCUAGCUACGUUGCAAUAGAGUGAAGCUACCGUAGCGAUUCUGACCUGUUCUGAAAUUUCCAAAUCGAAUGAUAUGUAAUUCCCCUUCAU